AUGGGUCCCUGUACGGCCUCCCAUUGCUGCUGUCUCCAUCGCCACACUCUGCCAUGUGCCACUUUCAGGUCUCCUCACACUCCUGCUGGUUUCCAUUUUGUCAUAGGGUGCUGUAUGGCCUCCCAUUGCUGCUGCCUCCACCGCCACACUGUGGCUCCAAACACUGGUUUUGGCCCCGUGACUGGCCAAAUGAGUGAAGUGUGCGGUGAUUCUAAGAUCGACGGCACUCAUCUGCAUGUCAUACUGACUGACAGUAUUAUUUCUCUUCCCCAGCAGACUCCAAGGGCAUUUAAAUUAAAGGUACAGUGUUCUGCACUAAUAUUA